CGAAAAAUGUCUGUACAUCCCUACACAUGCAAAAUUACAUAUAAUUCUAAGACUGGGCUAAGUUAAAAGAAAGUACCGUAUCACAGAAAUGUCUAAUAAAAAAUGUCACCCAUAGCGGCCCGGGUUGCGUAAACCAACGGCCCACUGCCGCCACCAAUCAACUGGAAAGCAAGGUCUUCGACCAGACUUAUUGUUUUAUUUCACCCGAGCUGUUCUCAUUAGACUAGUCUAAACAAUACCACAGGAAGGAAACGACCGGACGCGGGCCCCGACACAAACCGUGAAAACUAUCACACCCCGUUCCACCGAAUUUAAAUUCACUAUAAAUAACCGCCGCAACACCAAAAUGACAUCAGUUGUUGUGCGGUAAUACAUUCUAAGAUGUUGUCAAUUGUUAUUCUCGCUGUAGUCGGUUCGGCGGUGGCUAACUCCCACAAAGUUGAGUUGGCUGAUGAGAAAACUCCUUACGACCAUAUCAAAGGACGUUUGGACGCGAUCAGGACCGAUGUGGUAUCAGGACUUCCUCUGUCUAGCAGCUAUGAAGUAGAAGAGAGUCCAGAAGAACACUUGGAUGGAGCUGCUUCAACUGUGUUGAAUACCGUAACUGGAGUUGGAGUCGGUGGUAUUGGCGGAGUUGGUGGUGUUGGUGGACUUGGUGGUAUUGGAUUGAAUCAAGGGUUGGGCCUGGGCGGGAUCGGAUUGGGCGGUCUUGGUCUUGGACAAGGAUUGGGUAUCGGUCUUGGAGGAGUGGGCGCUGUUGGCGGCCUCGGCGCUGGUGCUGGCGGUGUUGGUGUCGGCAAUGGCGUUGGACUGCUCAACCCUGGCCUCGCCGGCUUGGGAAGUUUAGGCUACGCCGGUGGUCUGGGAGGCGGUUUAAUCUACCAUCCUUAUUUAGGUUCUCAAAUUGGUGGAGGAUACGUUGAUAAGAAGGCAUACGAUGCCGCACAAAAGAAGGGUGCUGAUGAAAACGUGGAAAAGAUUGAAAAGAAAGCUGAAGAAGAAACUAAACAUGGUCAAGAAGGAUACCAGCAAGGUUCCGCUGCCGCUAAAACUGAGAAGGGAGAAUCCAGCUUCUACAAAGACGAGGAAGCCAAGAAGAAAGCUGCCGGUGACGAAAAAUAUUACGAGGGUGGACAGAAGCUCAACAAACAUGGUGCCAACGAGGAACAGCUGAAGAAAGCCAAGAGCCACAAGAAAGGACACGUCAGCAAGGGUUUCAAGACUUCCAGCAGUAAGAAUGAAGAGGAGAAAUCUGAAAGUUUCUACGACGAGGCUCAUGAUGAAGCGGACCAUAGGGUUGCUGGGCAGAAUGCAGGUUCCUUCGGCGAGAACUCACAGCAAGGCUUCAAGGGAGCUCAUGAGGAGAAGAUCUUGGAUGCCAACGCACAAGGAAAGGAAGGUCAUCACGUGUCUGAACAGAAGAUUGAUGACAGCAAAGCUAAUAAGGGCGAAUUCCUGCAAAAGGGCUAUAAAGGAGGAGCGGAACAGCUGGAGAAAUUCAACAACCUCGGAGCUCAUGCAGUCCACGGACACCAGGAGGCGACCGGCGGCUACCAGCAGAACAAAGGCAUCCUGCCCAUCCACUAAUCCUCGCACACAGCGGGCCGAAUAACAUCAAUAUAAAAGCAUGUCUAUGAAAA